AAAAAAUGGCGUCUUCCACACGAAAAGAUGUCUCUACUAGCGAUGCCGUAGGACUCAAUAUGCGAAAAAUACCGCCUCUAAGAAUUGGGGAUAAAGUCAGAUUAGUAACAUGCCUAGGCAGCGAAUUACAAGGAGAUGUGGACGCCUUUGAAGAAAAGACCAAAAUGCUGGUCUUAAGCAAACAAUCACAAAAUCGUGAAUGGCGGGAUGUCAUGAUUGUCAACCUAACAAAGUUACGUGAGAUAGAUGUCAUCGAAGAUUGCGACAAAUCCCCUCCAAGCUUACCUGAACUAAAUCUUGAGGGCAUCGAUCAACGGCUUCAAGAAGCUAUUGAAGAAGGAAAAAUAGUUCAUCGCGAAGGUAUCUCUAGAACAGGAGCAUUAGUAUACGCAGCUAUAAAGAAAAAAUUUGAUGUAAAAUGGAAAGGUAAGCUACUUUGCGCUAUAGAUGAGUCUGUGAAAAUCCGUGAGCCUUACGGUAUCAAUGACUGCUCUGGAAAUGAACAAGGACUUAAAAUUAUCCAAAAAGUUCUCAACGAUUUCUAUUCUGGACAAACCGCUAAUAAGGAUGGUGAUUAG